AAACUAGUAUAAAGCUGUGCGGUCGAUGAUCUGAGGACUAGAGUUUGCCGCCAUGAAGAACGUUCUAUCUCUCCUUGUUGUCGUUUUUUUCGCUGGACUGUGCUUUGCACAGGAUUAUCCAGGGGUCCCAACAGCAGAGCCAUCAGCGGGAAAAUGUCCCAAAGAGUUUCCGAUGAUCGAGUACGUGAUGAAGCCUAAACCAUGUCAUGUAGAAAAACCCUACUGUCCUAAGGGUCUCAUGUGUUGUCCUUGUCCUAAAACAGGAAAAAAAUAUUGUAUCCGACCCAGGAUGGAUGAAGACCAAUCCACUGAUGAUAGUGACUCUUUCUGGGAGGAAUUGAAGAGGGAAUUUAUGGAACACAAGGAUGAUGAUUACGAUUGUGACGAUGACGAUGACAGGAAGGAGGACGGCGAUAGAGUAUACGAGAUGGAUCGUCUAGCUGAGGAAGAAAAGGGACACACAGGGAUGAAGAAACAUCGCAUGAGAUGUCAUCAUAAACACAGAAUGCACAAGAUUGUCCGGAUCGUCGCACCAGUAGUCGGACUGAUCAUCAUGGUCGCUAUUGCUGUUACUGUGGCAUGCUGCAUCCGGCGCCGACGCAUUAGGCGAGCUGCUGAGAAAGCCAGAAAAUCCGUUUACACACCUGAAAACAUCGCCCCGGUUCCAGACAAGGCGGCAAUGAAAGGAAUCCUUGGCCUGGAAUUCUCCCCGGAAGUUUUUGUUUCUUCUGAGCCCUCGUACAAGAAACUGGAGGAAGAGAAAGAGCGCAUUUAA